CCAACAUUAGCUCCACAAACCCGUAUGUUCGCCUAGUUCGUGUACCUGAGUUCAAAUUUCUGAGUAACACAUUAUCUGCCAUAGCUCUAUUCUUUUUUUCCCUCUCGAGCUCCUCACAUGCUAAUUGCCUGUAGCUGUUGUGCACCAAGCUCAAGAACGGACAGCCUCUGUUUCUUGCCUGCCCAAUCCGCCGUUGAAUAGCUGCUCCCAGGCCGUCCUUUCGUCGUUGAACUGGGGUUUUGCCAAUUGAGUCGUAAACAUGGUUGUGUUCGAUGGCCACGAGUACCUGACCGAAGAGGAGAAGCGUCUUAAACAGGAUCGCGAUCGAGUCAAGUACUGGAAGAAAUGGGGACCUUACGUUGCCGAGCGGCAGUGGGCUACAGUCCGCGAGGACUACAGCGCCGAUGGCGAUGCCUGGGGCCACUUCACCCACGAACAUGCGCGAUCUCGAGCCUUCCGUUGGGGUGAGGAUGGUAUUGGUGGCGUCUCGGAUACACAUGGACUCCAGAACAUUGCAUUUGCUUUCUGGAACGAGGAAGAUCCAUUCCUCAAGGAGCGACUCUUUGGUCUGUCCAAUCCAGAGGGAAACCAUGGCGAGAGCAUCAAGGAAGCCCACUUCCACCUGGAUAACACUCCUACACACUCCUAUAUGAAGAUGUUAUAUAAAUACCCACAAAGGUCCUUUCCUUACGAGGAUCUUCGGAGAGAGAACGCGCGAAGAGGAAAGCAAGACAAGGAAUAUCAAAUCAUCGACACGGGCAUCUUUGAUGAAGACAGGUAUUGGGAUAUAGUCAUUGAGACCGCCAAGGAUGAUAACGACCCAGAUGAGCUUCUCUUCCGUGUCACGGCAUGGAACAGAGGUCCUGAGCCGGCUCCGAUCCACAUCAUUCCUCAUGUCUGGUUCCGCAAUACUUGGGCAUGGGGCAGAGAAGCCGUGGACAAGAAGCCUUCUAUCAAGGCGCACGCCGAGAACCUGGCCAAAUCGACACACCACAAGCUUGGGGAUCGCUAUGUCCUACUAUCCCCUUCGCCUGGGACUGGAAUUAGCGGGGAAGAUGUUCAGCCAGAGCUUAUAUUUACUGAUAACGAUACCAAUUAUGACUUGUUGUAUGGCCAGGAGAAUAAGGUUCCGCAUGUCAAGGAUGCCUUCCAUCGGUACAUCGUAGGCGGCGAGAAGAAGGCAGUCAACCCGGCCAAGACAGGCACGAAAUGCGCCGCUUGGUUUGAGUUCAACGAGUCUGGUGGUGUCAAUCCUGGAGAAUGUGCCGUUGUUCGUUUCCGUGUCUCCAAGAAAGAAGAAACAUACCUGGACGAGGAGGUGUUUGAUGAUAUCAUUGAGAGGAGGAGAGAGGAAGCCGACGACUUCUACUACAGAAUCAGUCCGCUGCCCAUGACUGACGACCUUCGCAACAUUCAACGCCAGGCCUUUGCUGGAAUGAUGUGGACGAAGCAGUACUACCAGUUUAUCUGGGACCAGUGGGCAAAUGGAGACCCAGCCCAGCCAUCACCGCCUCCUGACAGGAAGGCUAUCAGGAAUUCACAGUGGAAGCAUCUGCAUAUCGACGACAUCCUCUCAAUGCCCGAUUCCUGGGAAUAUCCGUUCUUCGCAGCGUGGGACAGCGCUUUUCACUGCAUCCCGCUUGCCAUGAUUGAUCCCGACUUCGCAAAGAAGCAGAUCGACCUGUUCACUAGAGAAUGGUACUGCCACCCCAACGGCCAAUUACCAGCGUACGAAUGGAAUUUUGGAGAUGUCAACCCGCCCGUUCAUGCUUGGGCAACGUUUCGUGUCUUCAAAAUCGAGCGCAAGAUGUACGGAAGACAAGAUCUCGACUUUUUGGAACGAGUAUUCCAAAAAUUACUUCUGAACUUUACCUGGUGGGUAAACAGAAAGGACAUGGACGGCAAGAAUGUCUUUGAGGGAGGUUUCCUCGGAUUGGACAAUAUCGGAUUGUUCAACCGAUCUGAGCCGCUCCCUACUGGCGGUGUCCUGGAACAAGCCGACAGUACUGGCUGGAUGGCAUUUUACUGUCUCUGCAUGCUAAACAUCGCGCUGGAGCUAGCCAAGCAUAGGCGCAUUUACGAGGAUAUUGCGUCAAAGUUCUUUGAACAUUUUAUUUUCAUCAGCGACGCCAUGACCUUCAAGGCCGGACAAGAGGAGCAGUCCUUGUGGAACGAUGAGGAUGGGUUUUACUAUGAUGCGAUUUCAUGGGGCGGACCGUGGAUCCAGCAGCUGCCCGUCAGAUCGCUUGUCGGACUCAUCCCGCUGUAUGCGACCUUGACCUUAGAGCCGGAACUGAUUAACAAACUCCCUUCCUUCAAGAAGCGUGUCGACUGGUUCAUGGAAAACCGCUGCGAUCUUGCAGAAAGGAACAUGGCCAGUAUCCGGAAACGAGGCAAGGGCAACCGUAUUCUGUUGUCCAUGGUCAGCAAGGAUCGCCUGGAGAAGAUCCUAAAACGCAUGCUGGAUGAGGAUGAGUUUUUCAGCGACCAUGGUAUCCGCUCGCUGUCCAAGUAUCACAAGGAUCAUCCAUAUUCGAUGGAUGUUAACGGGCAAAAGUUUACCGUAGGAUACGUGCCUGGGGAUUCCGACAGCGGGCUUUUCGGGGGUAAUAGCAAUUGGCGAGGUCCCAUAUGGCUCUGCGUCAACUUCCUCCUGGUGGAAUCUCUCCAACGGUUCUAUCUCUUCUAUGGGCCCAAGUUCCAAGUUGAGUGUCCUACGGGAUCUGGAGACUACAUGCAUCUCGGACACGUGUCCGAGGAGAUUCAACACCGUCUGCAGCAUUUGUUUGCCCGCGGUGAUGAUGGACGCCGAAGCAUCAACGAUGGCAACGACAUGCUAGACUUCGAUCCUCACUGGAAAGACAACAUGUGGUUCCACGAGUUCUUCGAUGGGGAUUCCGGACGCGGGCUCGGGGCCACCCAUCAGUGUGGCUGGACUGGGCUCAUUGCUCGCAUGAUUCACGAUACUGGUGUAAGUUGCCGCCUGCCGCAGACUCCGCGCACACCAUCGGUGGGUAUGGCGCAUUACUUCGACGAUAUAUUUCAUCGCACUGUCGGCAGUCCCAAGAUGCAAAAGCCACGGAUGAGGCGGUCAUCGACUGCGCGGUCCAUCGGAGCCCGCAGUGACUUUGACAACUCCUCCAACGGGGACGGGGACGAUGACGACAAGAACAGUGUUAGUGGUCUGGACCCCGACCGCGAGCAUGAGCGACGGGAAGCAGAUGCUCACAUGCACCAAUACAUCUCUGACCAGCUGGAGAGAGUCAAAGCGGACGAGGAGAACGAUGUCUACGGGGAAGCGGAUGAGUACGAGGCGACCGCAUAAAGAAGGACCUUGGCCGGAAUGUGUCCAUUAUUGGAUGGUCUCAAUUUUGAGAAAGAAGGGAAUGACAGAGAUAGACUUUAAGGCGUUACAGAACCAAAGGUGCAUAGAGAAAAGAGCCGACGAUUGGUCCACAAAGGCGGUUCGUCGUAGCGAUCCAGGGACGCGGAAUCAAGUCAACAAACGCAGGACUAGGCAUAUAUUAAUAUACAUGAGAUUGAUUGGCCC